AAAACCUUCCAUAUCAAGAAAAGAAUCGUACUCGUUCUUGAUCUUGUCCGAAAAUGGAAAACCUGGGCGACGAGUACAACAACUAUUGGGAGACCACGAUGUUCUUCCGGAACGAAGAACUCGAAUACAGCAGUUGGGCGUUCGAGGAGGCGUUGUCCGGCGGCUCAGGGGGAUUGAGUUCCCCGGACGUCGGAACAGUGACGUCACCGUCGGCGUCGAAGACCGUCGUGUCGGAGAAGAACAGACGUCGCCGGUUUAACCAGAGGCUCUUCGCUCUCCGAUCCGUAGUCCCUAAAAUCAGCAAGUUGGACAGGACGUCGGUUAUAAAAGAUUCGAUCGCUUAUAUCAAAGAGCUACAAGAGCAGGAGAAAAAACUGGAGGCGGAGAUCAGAGAGCUCGAAUCAUCAAUAAUCUUUUAUAGAAAUCCGAUAAAUGGUUAUAGAGAUCACUCUCUCCAUCAAGAACUUAUGUCCGACGUCAGAUCCAAAAAGAUGAAACAGAUCAUUGGAUCGAGCACUGUACAAAUAUCUCCCAUUGAAGCCCUCGAAAUGAAGGUGAUGUGGAUGGGGGAGAAGAGAGGAGUGGUGAUUAUAACAUGCAACAAGGAGAGAGAGACGAUGGCUGGGCUUUGUCAAGUCUUUGAGUCUUUGAACCUCAAAAUCAUUACAGCAAACUUCUCUUCUCCGUUGUCCGGUCGUCUCUCCGCCACUCUCUUCAUCGAGGCGGACGAAGAGGAGAGAGGCAUUCUAGAGGCAAAGAUACUCACGGCAAUUGCAGCUUCCAAUGCUUCUAACUAUUCUUCACACGAGAGAAAUGGAAAAUUUAUUUAAUAUUUUUAUAUUUGUAAAGACUAUAUAUUUCAAUUUCUCCCUUCAAUCUAUUUACUUAAGACAAAAAUCCUCGGAGCCCUUGAUAGUAUUUUUAUUACGUGCUUAUGGAAUUUC